AUGUUUAAGUUUAACCAUGUCGUUGGUAUUGUUCACACAAAUUAUUUGGAGUAUAUCAAAAGAGAGAAGAAUGGGGCUCUUCAAGCCUUCCUUGUGAAACACGUAAAUAAUUGGGUCACAAGAGCGCAUUGUGACAAGGUGCUUCGCCUUUCUGCUGCUACACAGGAUUUACCCAGGUCUGUGGUCUGUAAUGUUCAUGGUGUAAAUCCGAAGUUUCUGAAAAUUGGAGAAAAAAUGGCUGCAGAAAGACAAAGCGGUCAGCAAGUAUUCUCUAAAGGUGCAUACUUCUUGGGAAAAAUGGUUUGGGCCAAGGGUUACAGGGAGUUAAUAGACCUUUUAGCGAAGCACAAAAGUGACCUUGUUGGUUUUAAUAUGGAUGUGUUUGGCAACGGGGAAGAUGCUCAUGAAGUGCAGACAACAGCUAGGACGUUAAAUUUGAAUGUCAACUUCAUGAAAGGCAGAGACCACGCGGAUGAUUCUCUUCAUAGUUAUAAAAUCUUCAUAAAUCCUAGUAUCAGUGAUGUACUCUGUACAGCUACAGCUGAGGCACUCGCUAUGGGGAAAUUUGUAGUUUGUGCAGAUCAUCCGUCUAAUGAGUUCUUCCAGGCAUUUCCUAACUGCUUGACUUAUAAGACAUCAGAAGACUUUGUAGAAAAGGUUAAAGAGGCAAUGACCGGUGAGCCUCAGCCUCUCACUCCCGAGGAACAAUAUAAGCUUUCGUGGGAAGCUGCAACACAGAGAUUCAUCGAAUAUUCUGAUCUCGAUAAGGUUUUGACUAGUGAAAAAGGCAGUGACAGUAGAAAAAGCAGGAAAGGCAUAGGAAAANAUCAAAACAAAACUUUAAUCUAA